AUGUCCCAACUUGUAUAUAUCACCACCGAACCCUCGGACCAGACUCUCGUAGACGGGAUCUCCCAGAGGCAGCCCGAUUGGAUCCACCCACACUUAAUUGAGAGCAUCGACCCGAUCAAAGGACGCCAAUUUCGAGUCUCCGGUCCCAUUCUCAAAGGCGCUUGUCUCCUGGUGGAUCGCCCGUACGCAGUCAUCCCCGUUGUGGACGAGCCAGCAGACAACGACAGCCUCAUCUGCAGCAAUCCCGCUUGUAAUCGUGCGGCUCCUCGCCACGCGCGGACUCCAUGUCCGAAUGCUUGUAUCCCCGAUGUGACCUGGUGCAGUAGCACAUGUCGAGACGCUGAUCAAGCUCGACAUGAGUUCGAAUGCACUUGGCUCAAGCGAUAUGCCGGUCCGAUCCGGUCCAAAUGGAGUGAAUAUGAUUUUGGCAUGCUGUGGGUGAUUGUUCGUCUGCUUGCGGCGCGACAUAGCCAGAUGCAUGGUCAGCCGGCAAUUGGUGCCUCGUCGACCCAGCACUGGAAAGAUGGCUGGAAUGGUAUUGAAUCGCUCUGUGGAUCGUCGGAUACUUGGCCCCAUGACAAGGUUCGAUCUUGGUCUACUCUUGUGAAGAAAUAUCUGCAGAACAGCCCGGCCCUGGCCCAUGGGAUGAGUGCAGACCGGGUUCUCCAUCUCAUCUGUCAAGAAGAGGCAAAUUCAUUUGGUCUUUAUCCGCGAGAAACAGGCCGUUUCCCGGUGCCGUACCCUCCAGUCGAUAGAGGGGAACAAUAUGCUGCAGCUGUUUAUCCCACUGCAGCAAUCGCUAACCACUCUUGUCUGCCAAAUAUCAUCCAUAAAGCCGACGACAAAGGCCGCAUGGUAUUCACUGCGUCCCGUGACAUUUUCCCGGGCGAGGAGUGUUGCAUCUCGUACUUCGACUUGACACAAAACACAGAUCUCACUUCGCGCCGUGAACAUCUUCGAAAAUCAUUCCGCUUUGUAUGCCAGUGUGAACGAUGUGUCGCUGAAGAGCCAGACGAAAACGAACCAACGGAAUGGGAUGUGAUGCCAAUGAUGGAUAUGUUAUGA